AGUAGCGCAGCGGCGACCCUGCCGGCCGCGGUCGGGAAAAGAAAGCGGAGCUUUUUCGCCUUUCAGCCCCCCCCCUCCGCUCAAAAACAAGCCCGGAGUAUCGCGCGUCGGGGGCACACUUUCGAAACGACGCCGGUACCUCGCGCGUGUGUACGGCCCCUCCCCCCUCUACGCCAGUCCCCGUGACGAAUCCGUCGUCAAGACUCGUGUACCGCGGUCGUUCCUCGCUCGUCCGCUCGCAACUGUUUUUUUUUCUUCUCCCCUUUGCGGCGGGGAUCCGUACCGCCGCAAUGACGCAGCCUUUGUGAAAGAUAUCACCAAUGAGGUGGCACGAUGUUAACUCGAGAAACCGUACAUUCCUGCGUUAUAUUCUCAAACCGCUCGGAGGCGCGCCAUGAAGUGACGGCAAGCAAGGCCCGCGGGCGCCCGGGCGACCACUGCGGCGUCGGAGGACCCCAGGUAGCGGCGACGACGACGGCGACGAAGACGAAGAAGACGGCGAGAUGUCCGCGCCCGGCGGCGCGCGCCACCAGCACCUGGACUGCGGCUAGCGGCGGCGAGGCGUAACCGGUGCGGUCCCCUACACCCCCACCCCCACCACCCCCACCCGUGUUGAGGCGAGAGGGUGUUCGACCCCCGAGACGUCUUCCCUCAACCUCUUCCCCCCACCACACACCCAAUUCCGUCGCGGGGAAGGGGACGAGCAGGCGACGGCGAGACAGAAGGAGGAAGAGAAGGAAGAAGAAGGAAACGCGCGCGCCCGUCGGGUGGAGUCGCCUGUGAGCGGUUGCGCCCCAGGGAGGAGCUGGCCAGGACCCCCGGUGGCGCCAGCAUGCCUGGAGGACGUCGUGGCCUGGUGGCGCCGCAGAACACCUUCCUCGAGAACAUCAUCCGGCGCUCCAGCUCGCAGCCUGACAGCAGCUUCUUGCUGGCGAACGCCCAGAUUGUAGACUUCCCUAUCGUCUACUGCAACGAGUCUUUCUGCAAAAUAUCCGGCUACAACCGAGCUGAGGUGAUGCAGAAGUCGUGCCGCUGCGCCUUCAUGUACGGCGAGCUGACAGACAAGGAGACCAUCGCGCGCAUCGACGAGUGCCUCGAGAAGCACAUAUACGACCAGUUCGAGAUCCUGCUCUACAAGAAGAACAGCACACCACGAGAGACGCCGCUAUGGCUGCUGCUGCAGAUCGCGCCCAUCAAGAACGAGCGAGACCUGGUGGUGCUGUUCCUGCUCACCUUCCGCGACAUCACGGCCUUGAAGCAGCCCAUCGAGUCCGACGACAGCAAAGGCGGGCUCAGCAAGUUCGCGAAGCUGGCCCGCUCCGUGACCCGGAGCCGCUCCGUGCUCGUGUCGCAGUUCUCGUCGCACCUGCCCAACAUCAAGGACACCGCCAAGCAGUCGCACCUGGCGCACAUGAUGAGCCUGAACUCGGACGUGCUGCCGCAGUACCGCCAGGAGGCGCCCAAGACGCCGCCGCACAUCCUCUUGCACUACUGCGCCUUCAAGGCCAUCUGGGACUGGGUGAUCCUGUGCCUCACCUUCUACACGGCCAUCAUGGUUCCCUACAACGUCGCCUUCAAGAACAAGACGUCCGAGGACGUGUCGCUGCUGGUGGUCGACUCCAUCGUCGACGUCAUCUUCUUCAUCGACAUCGUGCUCAACUUCCACACGACGUUCGUGGGACCCGGCGGCGAGGUGGUGUCCGAUCCCAAAGUGAUCCGCAUGAACUACCUCAAGUCGUGGUUCAUUAUCGACCUGCUCUCCUGCCUACCGUACGACGUGUUCAACGCGUUCGACCACGACGAAGAUGGCAUCGGGAGCCUGUUCAGCGCGCUGAAAGUGGUCCGGCUGCUGCGGCUCGGUAGGGUCGUGCGCAAGCUGGACCGCUAUCUCGAAUACGGUGCCGCCAUGUUGAUACUGCUGCUGUGCUUCUACAUGCUAGUCGCGCAUUGGCUCGCGUGCAUCUGGUACUCGAUAGGGCGGUCGGACGCCGACAACGGAGUUCAGUAUUCUUGGCUGUGGAAGUUGGCGAAUGUGACGCAGUCGCCUUACUCCUACAUCUGGACCAAUGACUCGAGCUCGCCGCCCGAGCUCAUCAACGGGCCGUCCAGGAAAACCAUGUACGUCACGGCGCUCUACUUCACCAUGACUUGCAUGACGAGCGUGGGUUUCGGCAACGUGGCCGCCGAGACGGACAACGAGAAGAUCUUCACCAUCUGCAUGAUGAUCAUCGCAGCGCUGCUGUACGCCACCAUCUUCGGCCACGUGACCACCAUCAUCCAGCAGAUGACGUCCGCCACGGCCAAGUACCACGACAUGCUGAACAACGUGCGGGAGUUCAUGAAGCUGCACGAGGUGCCCAAGGCGCUGUCGGAGCGCGUCAUGGACUACGUCGUGUCCACCUGGGCCAUGACCAAGGGGCUGGACACGGACAAGGUGCUGAACUACUGCCCCAAGGACAUGAAGGCGGACAUCUGCGUGCACCUGAACCGCAAGGUGUUCAACGAGCACCCGGCCUUCCGGCUGGCCAGCGACGGCUGCCUGCGCGCCCUGGCCAUGCACUUCACCAUGAGCCACAGCGCUCCUGGGGACUUGCUCUACCACACGGGCGAGUCCAUCGACAGCCUGUGCUUCAUCGUCACCGGCUCCUUGGAGGUCAUCCAGGACGACGAGGUGGUGGCCAUCCUGGGCAAGGGAGACGUGUUCGGCGACUCGUUCUGGAAGGACAGCGCCGUGGGCCAGUCGGCGGCCAACGUGCGCGCGCUCACCUACUGCGACCUGCACACCAUCAAGCGCGACAAGCUGCUCGAGGUGCUGGACUUCUACCAGGCGUUCGCCAACUCGUUCGCGCGCAACCUCGUGCUCACCUACAACCUGCGCAACAGGCUGAUCUUCAGGAAGGUGGCGGACGUGCGGCGCGAGAGGGAGCUCGCCGAGCGACGCAAGAACGAGCCGCAGCUGGACCAGAACCAGGACCACCUGGUGCGCAAGAUCUUCUCGAAAUUCCGCCGCGACCGCGCCCUGCAGCAGCAGCAGCCGCCGCCGCUCCCGCCGCAGUCGCCCGCCGCCGCCGUGGACUUGGAGAAGGGCGAGGACCGCGACGACGGCAACAGCUCCUCGUCGGCGCUGGUGGCGCUAGGCGGCAGGCAACCGCACCACCGGCCCACCACCAUCCGCGCGUCCAAGUGGGGCCGCAUGCUGGGCAGCAGCAGCCUCGACUCGGGCAGCGACUCGCUGUCCGCGCCGGCGGCCUCGCGUUGCGCCGCCUCCGCCGCCUCCGCCGUCGUCGCAAACGGCAAGGAGCACCACCUCCAGGCGGGCUCUCCGCCGGCCUCCAACGGCUUGGGCUCCGGCAACAAGGUGUUCCCCAAGGCUCUGAAGCUGUCGGCCAAGCCGGCGCUGUCUUCGUCGUCACCGCCGCCGCCGCCGCCGACGCAGCAGCAGCAGCAGCCGAGGGGAGACGUCGUCGACGAGAUCGUGGAGCUGGACGACCGGCCCACCGUGCCGGGCCGCGCCGCGCGGAGGCCCGACCCCCUCGCCGUCGACGGACUCGGGGUCGUGGUGAGGGCGGCGGCGCCCGAGUACAAGGAGCUGGUGGCCAACCUCAUGGACUUCAAGGUGGACGUGAAGCUGGAGGUGCAGAAGCUCAACCAGAAGGUGGGGCGCAUGGAGGAGCUGCUGGUGGAGAUCGCGGGCCGCCUGGGGGGCAGCCCCUCCUCCAACUCGCAGUCGCCGCCGCAGGAACUGGACCCCGGCGCGGACGGGAGCGCGGGUCAAGCGAGAGCGGCGAAGGGCGGAGGCGGCCUGCCCCCGCUGCCCGGUUCCGGCAUGGGGGGCCUGAUCCUCAAGAAGCGGCGCAGCAAGUCCCGCAACAAGCCCGCCGCCCCCGGGGUCCCCGCCUCCAGCGGCGGCGGCGGCGGCGGCGGCGGCUACUCCCCCACCGAGACGACCGCCAUGCUGCCCGAGAGGGACCCCCCCUCGCCGUCCACGUCGUCCCGGCCCGAGGAGGACAGGAGACCCGGCGCGCGCCGGUCCCGCGAGUUCCUCUAGCGGCCGCCGGGGCAGGACGUCCCCCGUCGGCGGGAGGCCUGGAGAAUUCUCGCCACCGCGACGACGACCGCUCGGACGUUCGACGGAGCGAAACGGCGCUGCGUCGCGUGACCGUUGUUCUCGUUCGCCGGCAGUGGCUCGUCGGCAGGAGGAAGACAACACAAUAACUCUACCGCAAGGUUUCACAAACUCGUACUUGAUCAUCCAAACCCCCAACAAUGAGAUUCACACUUCCCUUAAUUCUCACGUUAACAGUAAUUUAUUCGACAACUUUAUGGUCACAUUUCAAUAUUUUAAGACAAGAACAAUAAGUACAAAUAAAUUCAAAGUACCUUCGUUUUAUUUUUGCUGACUACACAAACACCAAAAAGAAAGAGAAAGAAAAAAAAACUUUCGAAGCUUAUGUCCGUAAAUUAUCACAUUAACGAGAGAAGAUUAUUUUACCACAACAGUUCAAAGGCUUUAUACCAUAUUUGUUAAAAUAUUUUCUUAAAAAAAGCCUGACAUUAUGAUGGGUGUGGAUACUGGUGUAAAGAAAAAUUUCAUCGAAUGAACUUCUCAAAUAAUAAUUUAAGACUAAACUCGAUACAAUAAUUUUUUUUCAACGACAGAGAAAAAAAAGAAAUGCCUAACGUAGAACGUUUUUUUUUUGUUUUGAACGAUUAUACUUACAUUUAAUAUAUUAUCGAUUUUUGUGAAUUAUUUCACGGAAUGUCUUGAGUUAGAACCUGUAGGAUGUAAGCUAUACAGUAUGUACAAAGGUCUGCAUGUAGAUUCGAGAAUUAAAAUAUAUUUUACGGCCUCAGAUAUUAUUUGUAAGGUUAAUGACAGGGCAAAAGAUCAAUUAUAUGCUUUAGAAUACAAUAGGCCAACUACUGGUCGUAUAGGGUCGACAGUAAUUUUAACAUAAAAUCAAAAUAUUAGGAGCCACCUAUUAAGAAGCUUGAAGAUGACUGGCAAAAUAGAUAAUUAAUAUUAAUCAUGUCAUAGACGUACCAAAUAAUAUUUUAUGUCUCAUUAAGACUAACGUAUGUGGCAAAUGAAAAUCUUUUGUUUUUUCUUAAACAAUUUUAAAGCACGUUUGCUUGAAAAAAAAAGACAUAAAAUAAAUGCCAUAUUAAAGUUAAAGUGAUUCAUAGGCAAUGUUAAUGCAUCGGCGCACACAUAUUUGUGUUUCAUUUAGUAAAUGGACAGGCAACGAGAAAUAUUUAUCUUGCAAAUAACUGAUACCUGGGAAUCAAUUAUGGAAUAUUGCAUUUUUCCACGGUAUCAAGAAGUAACGGGCAAUAUGAAAAGGAGAAAAAAAAAGUUUUCUUAUCGUGUUAAGACACAAAAUUUUCCCAGUAAGACUAUUUUAAUAAACGAAAAAUACAAUAAAAAAA